AUGGCAUUUGAACAAACUCAAACUCCCCCCACUGUCCGCGUAGCAGCCAUCCAAGCAGAAGGCUGCUACUUCGACCUCCCUGCAGCUGUCGAAAAGACAUACCGCUUUAUCGAGGAAGCAGCCAGCAAAGGAUGUGACCUGAUUGCCUUCCCUGAGCUCUGGAUUCCCAUGUAUCCGGGUUGGAUCUGGUGCGUGCCCUACCCUCUCCGAACAGCAACGCCCGUCGACUUCAAUAUGGUAACCGAAUACAUGAAAAGCUCCCUCCGCCGGGACUCCCCCGAAACGAACACUAUCCGCCAAUGCGCCUCCUCCAACAACAUCGCCGUCGCCCUCGGCUACUCCGAAAACGACAACCACCCGCUCUAUCUCUCGUAG